GAGGGCCAAUUCUCUGUGCCCUUCGUGGGCAACGAGUUCCACCUGGAACUUAAGGCAGACCUGGCAGACGAAGCCAUUACGAAUGUUGCAGUGGUGAUCCGUCAACACGGGCCCGCCAGACCUGGCGACUUUACAUCGUCCUGCCGUUGGUCAAGAGCCAAGAGCUUUUUUCGAGUACUGCUCAAGCACCUCGGUCCACAUGCGACGCUGCCGAGCGACAGCCCCUUGCUGCGCUGGAAAUGCGGCCGUGAGGCGUGCGAUGCAGUGUACAACUACAGGUUGAGCUGCUUUGCCCAAACGAAAACGCUGGCCUCGAAGGACGAGACAUUUGCAUCGUGCCUGAACAAGGCAGGAUACUGGGUGUCUUUGACAAGUUUCUUGAACACAAUCCUCAUGCAAGCUUGGCCAACAGUGUUGCGCGGCGCAGUUGCGACGUCGGCGCAGUUCCAGCCGCUCAUAGACGAGGACGCCGUGAAGCUGGCCAUGGAAUUUUUCACAUACCGACCCCGAAAACAAAAGCCACCAGAUGGGACUCUGCAGCUGUGCUGCUGCUACAAAGCUCCUGCAGAGUGA